AUGGAUGGAGUUACAUGUUUGAACCCCUUGCGCAGGGAGGUUUGUGUGGUUUAUGCUUUAUAUCCGAUUUCUCAUUUUGUUAAUUUCCACCAAAUAAAGCAGAAGCUGAGUCUGCGGAGACCCCACCGUUCCAGACACAAGCCUCCAGCCUUUGACCCUCACCAGCUCCUUCUCAUCCUCAAGAUGAAGCCAUUUUUUGUUUUCCUCUUCGUGAUAUUUCUGGAGAGAAAGAUGGUGGGAUGUGCAGGGAGUGUGAGUGUGCGGCUGGUGAAUGGCGACAGCCCGUGUGCCGGGAGAGUGGAGGUGUCCUAUGGAGGACAGUGGGGCACAGUGUAUGGCUAUGGCCCUGAGGGCUAUGGUUGGGAUAUGAAGGACGCGGCUGUGGUGUGUAAGGAGUUGGGCUGUGGAGCAGCGCUGUGGGCACCAGUGGCUCAGUUUGGGGAAGGCUCAGGUCCCGUUGUGGUAUAUGAUGUUCGGUGCAGUGGGAGUGAGUUUGCUCUGAGGGAAUGUCCAGGGAAGUGGAGUCCCUAUUCCAGGGCUCACUUCUCUGAUGUCGGCGUCAUCUGCUCAGGUAAAUAA